GGAACUAUCUUGUUCUCACAAGGAACACACAGCUAUUCAAAUGUGCACACUGACUCUUCACAAGGGCAAACACCUGUCAUACAGUUUUACAAUCAGCAAACAGAACUUUAGCAUAAAAGGGCAACAGGUGAGCUCUUCUGUGUUGGAGCAAUGGAUGCCAACUUUGGAAACAGAGGCAGAGCCAGAGGAGUGAGAGUAAGAGGAGGAGGAUGAGGAUGAGGAAGACCAAGGACCGUAAUUUCUGAUGAGAUCCGAGCCACAGUUCAACAGCGUGCAAUUUGAAGGAAACUCAGAAAGAGUCAAAGAACUGCGAUAUAACUAUGUGCAAAGAGUCCUUGAGCUAGAGGCAGCUGCAGGGGAGCACCAGUUCAUCUCCAUUGAUGAGGCUGGAUUCAAUCUCACAAAAAGACGAGAAGGGAAGGAAUAUCAUUGGCCAGCGUGCCAUUGUUGACGUCCCUGGCCAGCGCGGAGGGAACAUCACAAUGUGUGCAUCGCUUAGCUACCAUGGCAUCAUCCAUCACCAUGCUACCCUUGGCCCCUACAACUCCGCCCAUCUGAUCACAUUCCUGGACACCCUACACAACACACUCAUUCCACCAGACCAGGUAGAUGGUCCAGAACAGUCCAGGGACUUUGUCAUUUGGGACAACAUAAGUUUCCACUGGGCUGCUGUGGUUCGUAACUGGUUCACUGGCCACCCACACUUUUUAGUUGUUUAUCUCCCUCCAUAGUCUCCAUGUCUCAAUCCCAUUGAGGAAUUGUUUCCUGCGUGGAGAUGGAAGGUGUAUGACCGACAGCCACAAAUGCGUAAACCUCUUCUCCAAGAGGACGCAUGUGGAGAUAUAGCAGCUGAUUCUUUUCAUGGCUGGAAUCGCCAUGCUGGGAGAUAUUUCCCCCGCUGCUUGGCCAGGGACAACAUUGCUUGUGAUGUGGAUGAGGCGCUGUGGCCAGACCGCAACAGGAGGGAGGAUGCAGCAUAGUUUUAUUUUUUACUGUAACUGUAUACAGUAAAUAUCUGUUGGAUGUAGUUUCUGUGUGCAACUUUGUGUUGGUUGGGAAUGGGAUGAACAUUGUGUACAAUGUUUUGUGGGAAAAAUAAAAUAAUUUCUACAUGUAUUUGUGUGUUCAGAGUGUAAAAACAAUAUUCUGAAAUAACAACACAUGCAUGUAUUUACUGUCUGUAGUAUAGUAGGUGUAACACUGAACCAAAAAGGCUUUAGUCAUUGUGAUGAAUGGAGAAGACGUGUUUUCCAUUCAUCAUAGUGUUUUACAUUGAGCACAUGAGUGUUCUGCUGGUUCUUAUAAAUGUCUAUUCAUAUGAUGGUUUGUGUGUGUCAUUUGACAACAAAAUCACAUUUUGAGGAGGAAGUACAAUGUUUUGAAUGUGAAGUUUAAUUUUGUAGGUUAAGUUAGGGGUUUUGCCCAUUUUGUGUGUAUUUUCUGGAUUUGUGUGUAGAGUUCUGAAAAUAUGGGGCAUGCUUUCAGAAAAUGUGAGUAAACAAUUGAGAAAAACUGUAAAGAUUUAAAAAGGUCAAACAGGUUAAUUCAUAAACACAAUAGAAACUAACUUUUGCAACGUUCCAUCAUUUGCUACAAUCAUUUCUCAUGUGCAUUUCUCCAUCACUCCGUAUAAUAACCUCCUGAUGUCUGAAUCUCUCUGAAUUUUUUUAGUAUUUCUCCUUACUUCUAGUUUUAUUUUUCUUUGCUCACGUGAACGUAAUUGCUGCUCACGUCAUCAUUUCACCACUAUUUAAUUAGAUUUUAUUUAACUUAAUUUAUUUAAUUAAAUGAAAUGACAUGUAAUUUAAUUUUAUAUUAUUUUAUAAAACUUAAUUUUAUUUUUGUCGUCAUGUUUCUGUGUCUGAUAUUUAUUCCUCGUGCACAUGUGGUUAUUUUGAUCCUAAUUUUAAAACGUUUAGGGUCACGUGACACCAGAGCUGCAGGUUAAAAUAGAAAAGCCUUUAUUUACAUUUUUAAACUCAAUGUUUAUUUUAUUGAGUCUCCUGUUCUCUCGUAGGCUUUCUCUGAAACCGUCGUGUUUCUGAGUCCUCUCACCAACUUCAGCGUUUAUUCCUGCGCAGCUAAACAUUAGUACCCGACUGCUUUGUUGCACAUUACUGUCAUCUGUCCAGACUUGAAUUCCUCCAGCUCGUUCAGUAAAUCUUGUUGGAUCCAGUAUUCACCCGAGCCCGCCACUCCGUGCGUCUUGGUUCGCUGUGCGCUCUGGCGCCGCCGGAGACCGCAAAGGGUUAAUCCGGGUUACCAGAGAUGAUUGUGCUCAGGUGCCCCGCCAACCCCGGCUCAACUACACUGACUUGUGGAAACGCUCCUUCCUGCUUCUGCUCUGGAGGAGAAACCUGCAAUUGUCAUGUUGCUGAGGGUGAUGCUGCACACCAGGAGCUCUGCAAACACCACCAGCUGAGAUCGACUCUUCUUUAUUUUUCAGCCAGCGGAUAUUUUACAUCAGCAGAACAAUUCUCAGCCGGAUCCCCGGACGCACAACUCUGAUGGAGAUGCGCUGGAUGUUCCCAACGUGGAUUUGCUUCCUGGCGUGCGCGUCAGCGUGGAUGGAGCUCAGCCUGGCGGUCACCUACUCACACGCGGGCAUCUGCCCCAAUGACAUGAACCCAAACCUGUGGGUGGAUGCCAUGAGCACCUGCACCCGAGAGUGUGAAUCUGAUCAGGAGUGUGAGUCCUUUGAGAAGUGCUGCCAAAACGUCUGUGGGAAUCGAAGCUGUGUGGCGGCCCGCUAUGUGGAUGGGAAGAAGGGUCCCAUGGGAAUGCCCAAGGAAGCGUCCUGCGCUAGCUUCAUGUGCACCCAGCAGGGCUCUGAGUGUGUCAUCUGGGACGACUACCCCAUGUGUAAAUGUCGGGACCGCUGUGAGCGGGAGCCACAUUUCACCUGCGCCUCCGACGGCAUGACGUACUUCAACAAGUGCUUCAUGGACGCGGAGGCCUGCUCAAAGGGCAUCACGCUUUCUGUUGUCACCUGUCGCUUCCACCUCACCUGGCCCAACAUGAGCCCUUCAGUACCUGAGAUGACCACCCUUCGUCCAACCACUGCUCCUCUUCAGGCCACCGCCCCCCCUCCCACAGAGCCUCAGCCUCCAGUGGUUGUGGGCGGUCCCUCCCACCAGACUGUGAAUGUGGGUGACACAGCCAGCUUCUUGUGCGAUGUGACGGGUCAACCGCGGCCCGAGCUCAGCUGGGAGAAGCGUCUGCCGGGUUGGGCAGAGAGAGUGCUCAUGAGGCCCAACCACGUGAGAGGGAACAUGGUGGUCACUAACAUCGGUCAGCUGGUCAUCUACAACGCUCAGCUGAAAGAUUCAGGCGUUUACACCUGUACGGCUCAGAAUCCUUCUGGGUCAGUGCAGGCCCACCACAGCCUCACGGUGCUGCCUGCAGGGGGGCUCAUCACCCCCGGGCCCUGGAACCUGACCCGUUGCUCACCUGAAGAGUGUAUCAAACCUACUAAUGCCCCAGAAGAUUGUGGGAGUGACCUGGACAAAAUCAGCUGGUACUACGAGCCUCACACCAACAACUGCAUGGCCUUCACACAUUGUCAUGGCAACCACAACAGUGUGCCACCUGCAAAGCUAUUAGACACAUAUGAAGAUUGCAUGCGGUGCUGCAGCCCAGAGCUACCAGUCCCUUGCAGACUCCCCACCCUGCAGGGCCCCUGUAAGGCGUACGAGCCCCGAUGGGCCUACAGUAGCAGCCUGCAGGAGUGUCACUCCUUCAUUUAUGGAGGCUGUGAAGGCAACGACAACAACUUUGAAUCAAAACAGACCUGUGAGGAGGCCUGCCCUUUCCCAAAAACCCAUCACUGCAAAGCCUGCAAGGCAAAAGGCAAGAUGGUGACAAGCUUCUGCCGGAGUGACUUUGUCAUCAUUGGUCACAUGAUGGAGCUCACACAGGAGAAGGACUCAGGCCAUGCCCUCGUGACCGUAGAGGAGAUCCUCAAAGAUGAUAAGAUGGGUCUGCGCUUUUUUGGUAAGGAACCUCUUGAGGUCACUUUUCUCAACAUGGACUGGAGCUGCCCAUGCCCAAACAUCACAGCAGCAGCAGCAGAGGGCCAGGUCAUCGUCAUGGGCAAUGCCAGCGAUGGCAUGGCUGUGAUCCAGCCAGAGAGCUUUGUGGGAUCUUCCAGUCCUCGUCGUGUACGGAAACUAAAAGAAGUCAUCUCCAAAAACACCUGUGACAUUCUAAAAGCCAUCACCAACAGCCCCCUGUAGGGACAAAGUCUGCAAAUCUGUGACAGGUUGAUGAUUGAUUCUCACUUUAUUUACUUAUUCUCUUUUGUUUUAACUUAUUAGUCAGUUUAAAAUAAAAUAAAAACAGAUUGUUUGCUAUUUUGUGCAUUUCAUCAGCCUUUAGAGGGAUUUGAGUUGCAGACUGAAAGGCUUGUGUGAAAAACUCUUGGCUCCCUUCAUACCUUCUCCAUCCAGGGGAAACAAACCUUUACAAAGAAGCUCAGAAACAAUUUUCUUACUUAGAUACAUGUUUAUAAUUGAAUUAGUCUUUGGUUUAUAAUAAGUACCUUCACAAAUCUUUUUCCACCCCUCUGACUUUGCAUGUUUGCUCAGAAGUUUACACAAAUGCAGUUUAUUAACCAUUGAAUUUGAGCUGAUUCUUCAAAAUGUAUGAGUUGUUAAAUAUUUGCUGGAAGAAGACGUUUUUCAUAACCACUUUGUUGUUGGCUUGUCUCUUGCUUUAGGGACUAUCUAUUAACUCAUAUUGUCAUGACUUGGCUAUGAGAGAAGAAGGGAGACACACCAAGACAACCUCAACAGAACAGGAUCAAACUGUUAUGUUUACUGCUGCCAAAAGUUUCCUACCAAACAAUAUCCCGGACAAACCCCCAGGUAUCAUGACCUUACUUCAAUGGCCACAA